AUGACGGCUAAUGAUUUAAAUGAGCAGAAUGAGUUCAAGAGUACAAACGCUCUCACAGAAGCGAGUGAGGAAGAUGAGGGCGAUUUCGUGGUACCUAGAAUGGGGGUUGAUGUUAUGGACUUAAAAGCAGAUUUGGAUACGGAAUUGUUAUCAGAUGGAAGACAUCAAAUAGAGAAAGAAAUCAAUACUGUUAAAGGUCAAUUGACGCAACCUAUGUACGAUCUAUUAGUGUCUGAUUCGCUAACGAAGGAGAAUUUAUUGCAAGUUAGUGAUAAGGUGAACCCUUCGACAGUGGAGAAUAAGUUUGUGCUUCUUAAAAGACGGUACUACGUACACGAUAAUUUACUUCACGAUGUGAAAAGACGAGAUCUUGUGGUAUAUGAGCCUAACAAAUUGUUUGAUCUCAUCAUAUCCACACAUAUUCUUAACAACCAUGCUUCUCCCAAAGUUGUCUACAAUAUUCUUUCGAGCUACUACGCCAAUGUGACUCAGUAUUUUUGCAAGCUGGCGACUUCUUAUUGUUCAAAAUGUAUCAAGGAAGGGUCAUCUAAACAGCAUAAAAAAUUCAAACACGAGAAUAUACACGCCAACUUGGUUCCCUUAGGACGGUGUCAUAUUGAGAUAUUUGCCCCCUUUGAUCCUGAAACUGAGGGCUCGCCGUUGAAAAUUGAGAACAAGUAUCCUUAUGUGCUGUAUUGUAGAGAUUAUUAUUCGAGAUAUGUUUGGUUAGAACCUUUGAAGAGCGUCCAAUUGUCGACAUUACUUCCUACAAUGGCCAAGCUCUUCUUUACUAUGGUACGGAUGCCAAUAUUUAUCGAUACUUGUACGUUGGACAAGCAGGAUAUGUUUGACGUUUGUGAGCACAUUGCUAGAAAGUACAAAAUCAAGAUUGGGCUAGGAAUGAAUAGUUCUACUAGUUUCCAAAAGAGUGGUAUAAAGAGAUUAAAGACCUUAUUGCUUCAGAACAAGAAGGCUUGUUUGAAAGAUUGGAAUAUGUGCUUGAAAUUAGCGGUUCACCGAAUCAAUCAAACAUAUUGUGAUAGGGUUCGUGGGGUUCCAAGCGACAUGUUAUGCGCAUCGAUCCCUAACCUUAACCGAAAAUUCAGAACAUUACAAAGGAGAAUAAUAGCUACCCUUAUGGGACACCAUGUUGUGCAGUUUGAAGAAACAGGAGGGAUGAUCUAUUUGGAAGACCAGAAUAAUCCUAAUCUAUUAUCGUUUGAGGAUUUUGACGAUGGCGAAGAACAGGAUGAGGAAGAUGAUGAGGAAGAGGAGGAAGAAGAGGAGGAAGAAGAGGAAGAGGAUGAUGCCAAUUCCGAUAGUCCUGUAGAAUCAAUCCAUCCAUUGAAAAAGAGAAAUCAGGAAGGGCAGUACGACAUUGCGACAAAGAAGAAACAUAAAUCUAAUAGCUAA